AUGCCGCCAGAAUCGAAAAGUACAUGCAUCUCUUGCACCAACACAACAAAAGAUUGUCAGAACGUGUUAAUGCAAGUCAUACUUGCUCUGGAGAAUGCAUCGGAAGUUUAUCGGAAAUUAGUCCCUUUUGUGAGGAAAUCUCAGGCCAGACAUGCGUUGGGGUACGAUGUGUAUGCAGUGGAGGGACAGUUGAGAAGAGCGUUACAGAGACUGUAUAAGGUUGAUAUUGCUGAGGAUGAGGGGAGAGAAAUAUUGAGUAAGUUGGUGGGGGAAGAUAAGAGUGAGGGGUUGGGAAAUCUGCCUCUUUUUGGGGUGCUUGAUGAGAAGACGAAGAAGGGUGGUGAAAUGGAGGGAAUAGUGAAGGGAGAGAGCGGAAUCAAUUUUCCAAUUUUGAAACUCGAUGCUGAAUUUUCUGAUGUCAAGGUUCCGUUUAUGGAUUCGGCGGUCGAUGUUAGGAGUCCAGGGUUUCUUGGGGAGGUUCUUUUGGAUGAUGAUGUUAUGGCUAUCCCAGAAGAGGACUGUGAGCAAAAGGAGAUUGAGAUAGAAGGGUGUAUGGAACUAACACCUGUGCCGACUCAUCUCACUCCUGAAAUUCCUUACCUGCUUAAAGCUAUUCGUCUAUGGUUAGAAGAAUUUUUUGAAUCAAAAGACGAUUCUAUAGGUAUUCCACCAUCGAUGGUAUGUCAGCUUUCUGAGUUCGAGACAGCCUUUGGACUAGAGAGAUUAUCAACAACAAGUUGUAUCUGGAAUCCCGAUUAUCAAAGACAACGGAAAGAGGUAUGGACGAUCACAUCAUUCUGGGGACCCAAUCAACGAUCGAAAUGCAUAUGUAUACCUGAGGAGCCUGAUGAGAAUACUUUGAUACAUUCAAAUGAUCGUUGGUGUCCGAAAAAUAUGCCUGUGGAUUUGGAUUGGCCAUCAAAGAAUUAUGUAUGGGAUUACAGGACCCAUCGAUGGAUUACUCUUCGGGGGCCUAGUUGCAGAAAAGGUGGGCCAGCACCACCUCCUGAAUAUUCUAGGCAAGACGAUAGUGCAUCUGAUGCUGGAUCAGAUUCAGACUCAGAUACGGACGAACAAAUUGCCGAGAGGAACGAACGACAUAAAAAGGAAAGAGCGGAAGAAGGAGAAAAGGCCUGGGAAGAAAUCAUGGCUAUGACCGGGUUAAGGAAAGUAAAAGAGCAUGUGAGGAAACUCAAAGCCAAAGUUGAGAGUUCGAUUCGGCAGAAAAUCGAUUUGGAGGAAGAGAGAUUUGGCGCAGUCUUUAUAGGCAAUUCAGGGACUGGAAAAACCACCAUGGCCAGGAUUUAUGCCAAAUAUCUGUAUUCGGUGGGAGCCAUUCAAAGCGAUGAUAUUGUCAUGACAACGGGUACAUAUCUUUCCGAUGGGGGUAUUGAAAGAACAAAACGAUAUGUUGAUAAAAUAGCUAAUGGCGGUGUAAUGUUCAUCGACGAUGCAAUGACUUUAGAUGAUUAUAGCAACGGCCCCAAGAUUCUCGAUUUUCUCUUCCAGGAAAUCGAUCAGAAGAAAGGAUCUGCGGUUUUCAUUCUCGCUGGACACGAAAAAGGAAUGCGUAAACUUUUAGGCCAUGGCACAAAGAGCGUUGCCAGUCUGCUUCCGAAUGUCCUCACAUUCGACGAUUUUACAGAGCCUGAGUUACUUGAGAUUCUCAAUUCGUGUAUCAAGAAGAAGUUUGAUGGGAAAAUGGAGGUUGAGGGGGGUAAUGAUGGACUUUAUAUGCGGAUUGCGGCGAGGAGAGUUAGUAGAACGAGAGGAGGCUCUCAAUUCGGUAAUGCUAGAGCUGUUGAAAAUCUUGUCGCUCAAAUCUGGGAGAGGCAGUCUGCUAGGUUGUCUAAAAUUCGACAAGAGAGAGCUGCUAAGGCUGUGGAAGAAGAGGCUGCGAAGAAGAAAGAAGAUGAGGAGAAGACCGGUGACGAGAAGCCAGAUGUAGAGGAUUCAGGGGGAGAGAAGACAGUUGAAGAGAAGACGAUCGAGGAGGGUACUACUGGCGAACAGACAGCCGAAGGCAAGCCGCAAGAUGAGCCUUUAAUAGAAACAAACUGUGGGACAGAACAUAAAUCUGACACCAGAGAGAAUGCAUGCCAAGAAGCAAGUCAGAGAGACAAGGUAGAAGGAGAUACCGGUCCAAACAUUGUUGUUGCGAAGGAACUCGCCGAUGUAUGGAAAGACGACAAAAGAAUCAAGAGCGAGGAGACAAAGGAAGACACAGGAAAAUCGCUGCGCGAAAGAUACACCAAAGCAGAGAUAUUGGAGAUUCCAGCCAGCAACAAUCUUGGGAGCGAGACAAAAUCAAAAGAAGAGCCUGUUGUUGUGGUGGUCUCGGAACCAGCAGAAGUGACAAAGCCCAUAGAUGAAAGUUUCAUAGAAGAGGUCAAACCAGGAGAGCCAAAAUUAGACGAAGAGACACCCUCGUCUACAAAUGACGAGGUGGUGGUGAAUGAGCAGGCAUCAUCGAGAAAAACAGCCCCAACGGAAGUAGAGAUCGCCAAAGAAUUAGAAACAAAAGAUGAAGACCCUUCAGAAGUCGAGGCUAGUAAUGAAAACAAAGUUGAGGAGGACAAAUCCUCCAAAGAUAGCAAAUUGGCUGAUGAAGCACAAGAGUCGACCGAAGAAGACUCAGAUUCGGCAUCGGAUACUGAAGAAACCCCAGCAAUUGAUCCAGAGGACCUCCUAUUCACAAAAGAAGACAUUCUCGGUCCAGAUCCUUCUUCUGCAAUACUAAAUAGCGAGGCUUGGCAGGAACUUCAAAAGCUUAUUGGUCUGGAAAAGGUUAAGACUUCUCUGCUUACACUCCUUGAGCUCGUGAAGUCAAACUAUCAGCGAGAGCUGGAAGAAAAGCCUCUGCAUCAAUUUACUCUAAAUCGCUUAUUCCUGGGUCCAGCGGGAACUGGCAAAACAGUGGUUGCGAAGUUGUAUGCUAAGAUUCUUGCAGAGAUCGGUGUUCUCUCAAAGGGCGAAGUAAUCUUCCGUAACCCAAGUGAUUUGAUCGGACAAUAUAUUGGAGAUUCUGAAGCCAAUACCAAAGCUGCGCUUAAUGCCGCGCGAGGUAAUGUGUUGGUCAUCGAUGAAGCAUAUAUGAUGUACAGUGGGAAUUCCGACGGCACUGGAAACGAGAGCGACUCAUUUAGGCAAGGAGUCAUCGACACGCUAGUUGCAGAAGUGCAAGGAAAUCCUGGCGAUGAUCUUUGCGUUCUCUUACUGGGAUACAAAGAGCCAAUGCUGGAGAUGCUGAAUCACUCGAACCCCGGACUGAGUCGACGAUUUCCCAUCGAAAGCGCAUUUUGCUUUGAGAACUUUUCGGUUGAUGAACUUGAGAAAAUCCUGCGCUCGAAAUUAGAAUUCCAUGUUCUUGAAGCUACAGAAGAAGCCAUCAAGGUUGCUAUGGAUGUACUUCAGAAAACUCGGACCAGAUUAAACUUUGGUAAUGGUGGAGAAGUAGAGAACCUCAUUGCGACUGCGAGAACCAACUACCAAUUGAGAAUAUCGAAAAUACCAGUAGAGGAAAGACCUGGCAUAUGGAUAUUCCAACCGGAGGAUUUUGAUCCUGAAUAUGAUAGAGGCAGUUCGGCAAAUGAGAACCUUCGAAAGCUUUUUGCCGAUGUCAUUGGGUGUGAGAAUAUAGUUAAACAGUUGGGACAAUACCAAAAUGUUUGUAAAGCUAUGAAGGCAAGAAACAUCAAUCCAAGACAGUACAUCCCGACGAAUUUUGUCUUCAAGGGACCACCAGGAACUGGCAAGACAACCACAGCACGCAAGUUUGCAAAAGUAUAUUAUGACAUGGGAUUUAUCUCAGACGAAACGGUCAUCGAGUGCUCGGCCAGCGACCUUAUUGGCAAAUACGUUGGACAUUCAGGGCCUAAAACCGCGAAAGUUCUAGAGAAGGCUCUUGGAAAAGUUUUAUUUAUCGAUGAAGCGUAUCGUCUAGCACCUCAUACCGAAAGCCACAGUUUCACAUCCGAAGUUGUCUCAGAACUCGUUGAUCUGCUCACAAAGCCGAAGUUCCAUGGAAACUUAAUUGUGAUCCUCGCUGGUUACGAGGACGAAAUCAACUCCUUAUUAUCAGCAAAUCCAGGCCUGGCAUCACGAUUCCCAGAUGAAAUGAACUUCCCAGCUUUAACGCCCUUGCAUUGUUUGCAGAUCUUGGAAAUCAAAUUAGGGCUUGCGGGGAUUACGAUUCCGAUACUGAAGCAAACCGAACAGAGAGAAUAUGAACAAUUAUUGCGAGUGAUGACAUUCUUAACAGCAACGCAUAGCUGGGGUAAUGCGAGAGAUGUAGAGACAUUAGCAAAAGCGAUUUGUAGAACUGUAUUUUUGGAGAUGGCGGCAGAAGGAGAGUUGGUUUGUACAGCAGAGAAUGCAACGAUGGCGAUAGAAGUCAUGUUGCAUGAGAGAAGACAGAGAGCGUAUACGGCAUUGCCGCCACCUAGAUACGAAUAG